UGACUGGACAGCUGAAACGUGUGUUGUGUGUUACGCGUCCUGACUAAAUAUAAAGCAACUUCGGAUCUGGACAGCCCAUCAUACAGCUCUUCUAGACCCACAGUGACCAGUUUGACAGUCCACUGAGGCAGCAGCAAUGCAUCAGCUAGCUUACACGAUAGUGACUCUGUUUCUAGUCUCCUAUGUCAGAGGAAACAGACCCUAUAGGUCGGUACUUACUGUUAGUAAUGGUGGAUCCUGGGGCACAUGGGGCGAGGUUGAAAUGUGUCCAAAAGGCUACUACGCUGCAGGCUACAGUCUGAAGGUUGAAGACCCAAUAAAAGGAGACGACACUGCCUUAAAUGGAAUUCGUCUGCACUGUGUCAACACACCCACAGGCGUAGAAUGGAAUUCAGACUUUGCCACAGUGAAGUCUGAAACCGGAAGCUGGGGUUUGUGGAAAGGACCGAAAUACUGUCCAUCUGGGAUGCUGAUGGCUUUUCAGCUCCGCGUUGAAGGUCAACAAGGAGAUGGUGAUGAUACAGCUGCAAACAACAUAAGGUUCCAGUGCAGUGGAGUUGAUGUAGAUUUUGUUGGUUGGGGCACAUCCUGGGGCGAAUGGGGCAACUGGAGUAAGUACUGCACAGGAAAGGGGAUCUGCGGCAUCCAGACAAAAGUAGAGGAACCCCAAGGGUCAGGAGACGACACGGCUCUCAAUGACGUUAGAUUCUUCUGCUGUGACUGAGAUGCUGCCCGUCAUUUUAACCAAACUGAUGUGUACCAAGAUGAAAACAUGAUGAACCAUCUCUUCACGUCUCUUUCUCCAAAUGUACAGUGCUCUCCAAAAUUAUUCUGAAUAAAUAUGAGAAAAAUACUUUA